AUGAGCUCUCCUGCGACCUACUUCGUCACUGGCGCAAACCGCGGCAUUGGCCGCGGCUUUGUCGAGAGAUUCCUCCAGAAGCCCUCAACCACUGUUAUUGCCGCCGUUCGCGACCCCUCACACCCUACAUCCAAAGCUCUUGCCGAUCUGCCAAAGGCCCCCGAGACCCGGCUCAUUGUCGUCAAGCUGGACUCUACUGUGCAGACAGAUGCCGCUUCUGCUGUGGCUGAGCUCAGCGAACAGGGAAUCACCUCUUUGGACGUUGUAAUUGCCAAUGCCGGCAUCGCUCAGGAUGGUAGUAGCGUGCGCAACACCUCAGUCGCGAAUACGCAAAAGCAUUUCGACAUCAAUGUGAUCGGCCCCUUGACCCUUUUCCAGGCCACCGCCGACAUGCUCCAAGCUAGCAAGACAGGCAGCCCCAAGUUCGUUACCGUAUCGACAGUUGUCGGUUCCAUCGGUUCCCAGGAGACUUUCGCGACCUUCCCCCGAGUUUCAAGCCCCUAUGGAGCCUCCAAAGCGGCCCUGAACUGGUUUAUUCGUCUCCUCGCUUUUGAAGAGCCAUGGUUGACCAGCUGGACAUUCCACCCUGGGCUCGUAGAAACGGACCUAACUUCUGGCGGCAAUAUGGACUUGAAAGCUUUGGGAGCUAUCUCUGUGGAGACCAGUGUUGCGGAUAUGACUAAAAUCAUUUGGAGUAUGGAGUCCAAAGAGCUCAGUGGAACUUUCCGAAACCAUGAUGGCACCAUGCUUCCCUGGUAG